AAUAGCACCUCCAUCUAUAUUAUCAAUAAAAGGUGUUGAAAUUAUGAAUGGUCUUCAGCUGUCUCAGAGCUGUGAUCUGUCUCUACCCUGCUGCGCAGAUGAAGGGUCACUGUCGAGCACAAAGUGCCCCCAGAUCAGUGGGGUCAGAGUUCAGCUGGAGAUGCAGGCACUUUGGCAGCAGUUUGACCAGCUGGGCACAGAGAUGAUUGUUACCAAAGCAGGAAGGCGGAUGUUUCCGACAUUCCAGGUACGGAUCUCUGGGAUGGAUCCCUCUGCCGAAUAUGUUCUUCUCAUGGAUUUUAUCCCUGUCGACAGCAAAAGAUACAGAUAUGCAUUCCACAGCUCAUCCUGGUUAGUGGCAGGAAGAGCAGAUGUUGCAGCCCCAAGCAGGAUGCAUUUCCACCCAGACUCACCUGCCCGUGGAGCCCAGUGGAUGAAGCAGACUGUGUCCUUCGACAGCCUAAAGCUCACCAACAACCUGCUGGAUGACAACGGACAUAUGAUACUGAACUCCAUGCAUCGCUAUCAACCCCGCUUCCAUGUGGUGUAUGUGGAUCCAGCACCCAACAGCCACUUGAAUGCAUACAAGAACUUCUGCUCUUUCUCGUUCCCUGAGACACGCUUCAUGGCUGUAACUGCUUAUCAAAACCACAGGAUCACUCAGUUAAAAAUUGCAAGCAACCCAUUUGCUAAAGGCUUCAGGACUACAGACCCCCAGGCUUGGGCGGGUAAUCCCAGUCCUCUAGCAGUGUGGUGUCCACCAGAGGGCAGAGCUGAAUCUCAAAUCGACAAAUCUGGAGAGCAAAUAAACUGUGAAUCAAAGACUUCAACCAGGCAGGAGGGCCUGGACCCGCUGAUGAUGGAGCAGUGUGAACUGUUUCAUCACAGUAAAGACUCCUUAGGACGCACGGAGAGGAAAGGUGGGAGCAGUUUUUUAGCACCUGCCCCCUGCCUCCAUCUCCCCUCCUUCUGGGACCGUGCAGGGUCAUCAUGAGACAGCCAGUCUGUCAAGGUUCAAAAGAAGCA